GUGCUGUUUCGUACGUACUCCAAAUGCAGUCCCACCCAGUGUGUUUUGUCAUGUGAUCAAAAUAGGAAGCGCAAUCUCGCCCAUUCGUCUUAUAAUUUCGCCCGUCUGUACUGUGUACAUUUCCUAUAUGAGAAGGAAGAGUUAUUUGUGUUUCCUUACUAUAACAAUGGCUGUCAUUUUCCUCCUAAUGUUCGUGAUGUAUAGCACCAUGACUGCGCACUCAGCAGCGUCAGAACGUAGAAAGGAUUUUCAUAUUUUGGGAAGACCCCUCUACAAACUGGAUGCCUCCUGGCCCAAAUCUUCAGAGUAUUUCACUGGAGACGUAUUCGGGGUGGCUGUCAAUCAUCUCGCAGGCCUGGUGUACGUUGCACAGAGAGGGGACGAUGUGCCAAAAGUAUUGGUGUUCACCACAGAUGGAGACUUCAUGCAAGCUUGGAACACCACUACAUUGGAAAUGCCACAUGGAAUUUUCCUGGCCAACGCUUCCAGUGAUCCCACAGUGUGGGUAACUGAUGUGGGAAAUGGGCCAUAUGGUCACACUAUAAAGCAGUACUCUCCUUCAGGGAAGCUGCUGCAGGUGUUGGGCUCGCCAGGAAAGGCUGGCUCUGGCCUCAGCCCACUGCAGUUUGACCAGCCUUCUGAGAUUUUUGUUCACGACCCUACUGGAGAGAUCUACAUUGUGGACGGCGAUGGAGGCAUGAACAAUCGCCUGAUCAAGUUGUCUCGAGACUUGCAGAUGCUGUGGAUGCAUGGGGAGAAAGGGCAGGGACUGGCGCAGUUUGACAUCCCCCACAGCGUGGCCGUGGAUAACUCACAGAGGGUGUGGGUUGCAGACAGACGUAAUAAGCGGAUCCAGGUGUUCAACUCAGUGACGGGUGACUGGCUGGGAUCAUGGGGAAGUUGCUUUAUGGAGGAUGCACCUUAUUCUGUCAGGCUCACACCAGACCAGAAGUACCUGGUGGUUGUGCAGCUAAACACUAAUCAGGUCUCCUUGCUGGAUGCUCCGCCCGUGGGUAUCAUCGGGCAGUGUCGGGUGGUGAGCUCCAUUCAGCUGGCCGAAGACAUCAAGCCGCACCUGGUGGACCUGGACCAGAGGAACGGUGCGCUUUAUGUGGCAGAGAUUGGGGCACAGCAGGCUCAAAAGUUCACCCCCUUUACACUGGGAAACUUCCUCUAAAUAUAUGACUAUCACUGGUUAGAAUCUUAUAAUUAUGAGCUAUUCUAGGUGGGAAUUUUUAGUAAGACACAAUGAUUUAGACAUCUCACACAACAUUGUUGCCAUUAACUUUUCAAAGCAGUAUAAAUGUAUAAAAUAUUUUUGGGUUAAACCGAAAGGUUUUUACUUGAGUAAGGACGUCUGUACUUACAUUUCCAUAUGUCCAUUUUGAUGUGAAAAUGCUAAGCAGUGCAAACUGUAAUCAGAACGCUGCUCUCAGAUGUAUAUGUGCAAUAUAAGCUGCCCAUUAGGCUGAAAGUAAAAUAUGCUGUUUCUGACAUCAAAUGUGUUUUAAAGUCAGAAGAUGGGAACUUAAUUUUUACACUCAAUUGUAUAUUAUGUGAAUUAUGUACUCUUGACCAUAGGUGGUUGCCUUUUUAUUGUUAUUCUAAUAGGUGUUGUCUCUAUGUGCUAUUAUGUAAUAAUGUAACUUUAUGAUGCUAAAAAUGAAUGUUAAAGUGCCAAAUUUCAGUGGUCAGCAUAUGUGGAUGCCUUCUCUAUGGGUGUUUUUAAUUGAUUUUGUUUGUUUGUAAGAUAAUAGGAAUCCACUGAGCAUGCCAGCCUUACUUAUUAACUUGUAUCCUCCCACCUGUAAUAUCUCAGACCAUUCAGCUAACUAGCAAAGUUAGCUUCAGUACAACCCAGCGAUAAUCAAGAAUGAGGAGGGGGGGGAACAAAACAGCAAAGUGAUCUUGAUCACAAUAAGCCCUGGCAGCUGUAUUUAGAAUUACAGCGAUGCAUUUUUAGGACAGUCUGGUACUAUUGUGAUUAUGUUCCUACUCCAUUGUGUUCCUAAAAACUGCCGAGUGACUUGUUUAUGAUGAAAGUCCACCUGUAGUCGUCAGAUGCCACAUCAGAUGUUUUGAGGUUAUUGGUAUUCACAUUUCAAUGUCUAGCUAAUUGUUAUUUGUAUGACUAUUACUGUUUUCACCAUGUUUUAAUAAUAUGAAGAACAAAAAGUAAAGCUGUAUCAUUUCAAUCAUAAAAUAUUUUUGCUGUCCAUGUUAUGGCAAGUGUCUAAAUACAAUAUUACGUAUUCGGAUUGUUUUGCCCAGUGUCAUAAAAUGUAAACAUUGCCAACUUUGUCAGGUUGGAACGAAAGCGAAAUAAAAUGGGGAAUAAGAUGUCA